AUGUCUUCCUCCUCCGAUCAAAAUCCAACCUUUAAUCUCAACACCCAACCUCCUUCCGCAACAGAUAAACCACUCAUUGCUCUCAAUAUCAUUGCCCAAAUCAAUGAAAAAUUAACUCCCUCCACCUUUCCUCAAUGGCAUACUCAAUUUGAAACACUCCUCAUCGGUUACAAUUUACUCGACUAUAUCGAAGGCACCCUUCAGUUCCCCUCUUCUGCUAGUACCUCUGCUGAUGAGUUGCGCAAGACCUACUGGGUCCGACAGGAUAAAUUUAUCCUGAGUACUAUCCUAGCCUCCACAUCUCCCUCAAUAACACCACUCAUUGCAACGGUAGAGACUUCUCAUGAAGCUUGGAAAAAGCUAAAAAUCCUAUAUACUAGCCGAUCAAGAACUCGAGCUAUGCAAUUAAAGGAGGAGCUCCCUAUAAUCCAGCGAGGAAAUCGUUCAAUCAUAGACUAUCCCCACCUUGUGAAGGCCUUGGCUAAUGAAAUAGCCAUUAUUGAUCAUCCAAUUUCAAAUGAUGACCUAACCCUUUAUAUGUUGAAUGGUUAG